CCCUGGAGAGUAAGCUCAUUACUCUUUCGUCAAAUUGGAUCGGAGAAGAAAGGGGAAAGAUUGCAGCUUUGAUUCUGCCAUCAUCAAGCAGCUGCAGAACCAGAACUUGAAAUCCCUUAGAAUUGGCUGCAGAACCUAAAACUGGAGGUCGAGCUCCUGUUGGGCAUAGAACAGAAAAGCCUCGAAUGCCUUCGAUCUCCGUCCACUAAGAAACCUAGGGAGAAAAGAUGUCAGCUUUGGCGCUCAGAAGAUCCAAGAUCUGUUCCAAGAGUCUCCUCGCAGCUUCCUUUCUCUGCCCUCUUCAACCCGAGCCACAGAACGCACUCCUCCAUUCUUCGAAGCAUCACUCUUCACAAUCUGUAAGGAAGAAUCACCGGGUCCUGGCUUAUUCCGGCUUCUCUUCGAACGGCGUCUUGAAUAGAGAGCUUCAGUUCCAGAGGAGGGUUCUUCGUAGUCUUAGUACACAUGCGGCAGCAGCUGCGGAGCUGUCUACUUCUGAUGGCUUGACUGUUGAUAGAAUUGUUGCUAGUAACUGGGCCAUUCUUGAUGAAAGUGAGAGUGAUUGGAAGAGCCAUGCUGCAUCUAUUGCUCAGUCCAUUCAAGUCAUCAAGAAGCGGUUGCAGUGGAAUAAGUUGAUGGUUAGAUUAGAUCUGCUAUCAGCACAGCUGAAUAAGCCAGACCUUUGGGAUGAUCCUGUACUUGCUGGAAAGUUAAGCCGCGAGCAUGGCUCGUUGAUGGGUAAGAUGGAAGAGGUGAAAGCAUUGGAGCAAGAUUUGAUUGAGCACAUUGAUAUGAUAAAGUUGGCUCGUGAAGAAGCGGAGGACUCCGAGUUGGAAUCGGAAUCAUUGAAAGCCAUGCUUGAGAUGAGAAGAAAUUCCAAAGAGAAAGAGCUUGAAGCUUUGUUGUCCGCUGAGCAUGAUUCUUGUUCGUGUUACAUUGAGGUUCAAGCUGGAGCUGGUGGUACUGAGAGCAUGGACUGGGCGAAAAUGGUGAUGCAGAUGUAUAAACUAUGGGCUCAACGCCGAGGGUUUAGAGUGACAUUGGUCGACGAGAUGUCUGGUGAGAUGGCAGGAAUCAAGCGGGCAACCAUCAGACUAGAUGGUGAAUAUGCAUUUGGCUAUGCAAAAGCAGAAGUAGGAGUCCACAGGCUGGUGCGAAUCUCGCCUUUCGACAGCAGUAAAAGGCGGCACACGUCGUUUGCAGCAGUUGCUGUGAUCCCAAUUCUUGGUGAAGGGUUCACACAUGUUCAGAUCAACGAAUCCGACUUACGAAUCGAACGGUUUCGAUCUGGAGGAGCUGGUGGGCAAAGUGUUAACACGACUGAUAGUGCUGUGAGGAUAGUUCAUAUUCCAACUGGGGUAACUGCCACAUGUCAGAACGAAAGAUCACAGCAUAUGAACAAGGCAUCAGCAAUGUCAGUGCUUCAGUCGCGGCUGGACCAGCUCGAGAUGGCGCGGCAGGCCCAGGUGAAUGCUCAGCACACUCAAUCAUUGACGGAAAUCAGCUGGGGCAAUCAAAUUCGCACUUACGUCCUUCAUCCAUACCGUAUGGUUAAGGAUCUUCGAACCGGCCACGAGGUUUCUAACCCUGAUUCAGUGCUUGAAGGAGAGCUAGACGGCUUCAUCUUGAGCUAUCUUUCAUCUUCAUUGGAUAAAGAUGAAGAAUACCAAUGAACCCUUUUGAAAGACAAGAGCAGUGAUAAGCUGGUAGGAGGGAGAUUGUCCCAAUGAUUUGGGAAGAUUCCAAUGAAGGGAGUAAUUUAUUGUUGUUGGAUAGGUGAUACUGUACUGAAAUAUUGAUCAUGUUGUGAACUCAACCUCUAUAAAUUAAUACAAUUGAGACCAUAAAGUUAUUAAUUAAUUGAUAAAUUAAUAAUUUAUUUUAUAAUGUAAAUGAUUAACAUAAAUGACUUUAUAAUCCUAAAAUAAGAUUCAUGCUGUGUGUUAAUUUUAUUUAGUAUAAAGUAUAAUUUUAUUU